AUGAGGAAUGCGAGGAUCAAAAGAGAUCCUAACAGGUAUUGUAAAUUCCAUAAGGAUAUUGGGCACACGACCGACGAAUGUCGCCAAUUGAAAGAUGAGAUAGAAAGUCUCAUCCCUCAAGGCCACUUUAUAGAGUACGUUAAAAGACAAGGCCAUGGAUACAACCAGCCCAGUCUGCCCAAUAACCCAAACAACCAGGGAUUACAACCUCUUCCCAUGGAAGGGGAGGACAUCCUGUGGACAUUUGCCCCAAAACCUUCCAAGAAGGUGAAAAUAGAGGAACCUCCAAUUAUUUUCAUAGAGGAAGACAAGAAAAAUGUGAGAUAUCCUCAUGUUCAUCCAUUGGUGAUUACCAUCCAUCUCACCAAUAAAAGGAUCAAAAGGGUGUUGAUAGACAACGGGAGAUCAGUAAAUAUUCUUUAUAAGGAAAUGCUGAGGAAGAUGGGGCUCCAAAAAGCUAAAUUGAGGCCUUGUAUGGUAAAUAAUUGCGGCUUCACUGGAGACAACAUUGCCAGUCUUGGCAUAAUUGAGCUCGCAUUAACCUUGGGCGAGGCACCCCUAUCUGCCACUGUUAUGCAAGACUUCUUAGUUGUCGACCUUCCAUUGGCUUACAACAUAUUGUUGGGUCACCCGGCACUGAUCGAACUAGGGGCAGUUAGUUCGAUCAAGCACCUAUCCUUGAAGUUCCAAACACUAGAAGGUGUAGGAGUGGUGCGAGGCAAUCAGAUGCUCACUCGCGAUUACUAUCGCAUAGAGUUGCAACAUAGGAAAGUUGGUCACCAAUUAAUGGCAAUCUUGGAAGAAGAAGAUGCAAGGAAAGACGACGAUCUUGACCCCUGA